AAGAAUGGAAACGAAGCGGCGGGAGUCACGGGCGCAUGCGCAGUGGUGCAGAUGAUGGAAGCGUUGAGAAAGUUGAGUUCAGUGCGACUCGUUGGAUGGAGGAAGGAGGGUCGAUUCGUUUUUAUCACCGGCACUCCAACCCCCUCGUUCCACUGUUGUUUAUUCAUUCACCCGCGGAUAUCAAUUCAUCAUUACCAUCACUAUUUUUACCGAAAAGUGUGCAUGUGUACCAGUGCAGUUGUGAGUAAACGGUUCAGUAAAAAAUUCAAUCAUGAGUGCAAUAUCGUUUUUGUGGGUGACUUUUGGAUUUUUGUGGCUCGCGUGCUACGGAGUGCAGGGAAAAAUCAACUGCGGCCUUGUGAGGCCCUAUUUUCAGGCCCAGGGCUUUCCACCCAGUGAUAUACCCAAGGAUCCCAUAUCAUCCAAGGAAUUGAGAUCAUGUGGUGGCAUAAGUAGCGGCGGAGAGGUCUGCUGUUCAGCGGAUAUGGAGCUGAGACUUCAAGCUCGUGCCCGGGACAGACAUGAAAAAGCCACGAGAUCAACACUACAGAGGCUUCAACAACUCCUCGUAACUAGAGGCACACGAUUUCACAGUUUUUUCAAAGAGUUGUUGGCAGCAUCGAAGAAGGGAUUUCACGAGAUGUUCAAGAAAACGUAUGGGAUUUUGUAUGAACAAAAUUCAUAUGUCUUCACGGAUUUGUUCAAGGAACUUGAGAAUUACUACACCAAGGGAACAGUGAACUUGGACGAUGUGAUGGACAAUUUCUUCAACACCCUCUACCAGAAGAUGUUUACGGUUCUGAACGGUCAAUACAAUUUCGACGAUAAGUACCUGGAGUGCGUCGGCAAUCACAUGAAGGAGAUGCGACCCUUCGGGGAUGUCCCACAGAAAUUGGGGGUGCAGAUUAAAAGAUCGUUCAUAGCAACGAGAGCUUUCAGCCAGGCACUCACAGUCGCUGCUGAUGUCCUGAAGAAUAUGCAAACGCUGAAGGCAUCACCGGAGUGUGCAGCCGCUCUAACCAGAAUGACAGCCUGUCCCUCGUGCAGUGGAAUACCCGGUAAUGUUCUAGCAUGCGGUGACAUGUGUGCCAACGUCAUGAAGGGAUGUCUUGCUCAACAUGCUGCACUCGACGCUGAAUGGAAUCAUUUCGUCGAAGCCGUAGGAAAAGUCGCUGAGAGACUGCUGGGACCAUUCAACAUCGAGAUGCUAGUGCGACCGAUAAACCUGAAAAUUUCAGAAGCCAUAAUGAAUUUCCAAGAGAAUAGUCAAGACGUCUCUCAACGCGUCUUCAGUGGCUGCGGUCGGCCCGUUUUGGGGAGAAGACGUAGACGAAGACGAGAGAGUCAACACGAUAUCGAUACGGAAUCCUCGAAUUUCGAUCAGGAGGCCGUCGACGAGGAUGGCAGGUCCUCGACUGCUGCGAUGCUCGAUAAACUCGUCAAAGAAAUUAGGCAGAGGGUCAGGGACUCCAGGCAAUUCUGGAUUUAUCUCCCUUAUCAGCUAUGCAACGACGGAUUAGUCGUGCCCCCGAGUAACACCAAAGAGUGCUGGAAUGGCACUCAUGUUGACAAGUACCUCUAUCCGGUAUCGUCAGACGGUGAGACUCAAACUUUGAAUCCGGAGGUGAGGGGCAGUGGCCCGAGGCCUUCGAUAGUUAAGGACCAAGUGUUUGCCCUCACUACCAUCACCAGUAGAUUGAGAUCGGCGUUCAACGGACAGGAUGUUGACUGGGCGGAUACAGAGGAGACGUUGUACGGCUCAGGCAGUGGCUCAGGAGAUGGUCUCGAUGAGGAGGAUCCCAUAACAGAUGACGAGGAUGGCUUCCGCGAGGAGUCCUCAGGGUACGAGCCAGUGCCAUCGGUGCCCCAGACACCCCAGGUUAUUCAGCCCCUGGUGCCACCUGAGGUACCCCGAAGGAUCGAUAUAACACCCAAAAUACCCACCGUCAUCGACACCAACACAAAUAUUAUCACUCCACACAACAACAAAACAACAAAUGCUGUUGAAAAUGGAGCAAACAGACAGCAAAUAUCGUUGUCACGUGCUCUGACGUCUUAUCUAUUCCCAAUAGCUGUUAUGUGGUUCGGUGGAUGUCUCACCGAGUGGCUGUGAUCAUAAAAUAUUCGCGAUCGUGUGACUUUUGUAAAUAAAUGGAAAAGUUUUGGAAGACGUAGGGAUCGGGGACUCGAGUGAGACGUCGAAAGUGUCUCGGGACAGGAUUUUUCAGUGCUCCCGGUGAUCUCAGAUGAAGAAGAUGGGACGAUGACCGAUGUGCCAUUUUUUUCCGAUUUUAUUAUCAAGACCUUUUUACAGUGGGGGAUGUGAAAAAGUGUAACUCACUCAGUCUUUCGAUAUUGUUGCUGUCGAGGGGGAGUUUAUGGUCUCGUGGGAUGAAAUGGGGAGAUGCGAUUUUUCUUUUACACUGUUGUUGAAUCUUUACUGAAUUUCAAGAAAUUUUUUUCAUUGAUAAUUCAGCGAUUUUUUGAACAGUGUCGCUGGGCUCCUGUGAAAUAGUCACCAGCUCUGAAGAAUAGGUAAGCGAUGCACUGAGUAUACGAGAAAAUGAGUUACAGGACUGAAUAUUUAUUAGGAUUGCUUUUUUCGUUUGGAUCAUGUGUUCGCUGUUGUUCCUCAAUCUUCUCUCUUGAUCCACUGAAGGAUCGAGUGGGGAGUCAUCGUUCGAUGUUGAUGGGCUCUCAUCACCUCUUUUUUCUCUAUUCUUUUUUUUUAUCUUUCUACUGUAAUGUAAAGUGUAAAUAGUCGCGGAGAGGAUGAUGAAAAUCUGACGAUUGUAUCAUUUUUCAAUCCCUCGGAUUUCCAUUAUUCUCUCGAGUGGUAUUGUAAGUUUUAUUGGUGUCUUAAGGAAGUGCUAAAGUUAGGAGAAUAUUUCGAAUUUGUUGGAACGUGUCUCAUUGGUUAAUUACUACAUCCUCUGCUCCAAAUUAUCAUAAUGUUUAUUAUUAUAAUGUUUAUUUAUCAUAAAACGGGAGAUAAUAUUCCACAUUUCAGACGAUUUGAAGCCAAAGAAAUUAAAAUUUCAAUUCAUUAAUUUUUUUCAGUUUCAGAGCUCUCGCUCCAUUCUCCAAUCACUCAAUUUAAUUAUCAAUUUCAAUUCAUUAAAAACCGCUGUGAAUGUAAAAUAACUCAUGAGACACGUUUUGUAAAAUCCGCGUUGGGUGACUAAAAUUGAAUUAAUUAAGGAUGAAUGCUACAAAAUAACAGGCUCCUGUGAUAAAAUCAAAUAAAUGAACAAAAUUAAUGAAUUGUGCGGAGAAAAAUAACCAUUGACGAAGGUAAAAUAACAAAAUAAUAGAGAUGAUAUACAAAUCUAGUGAAAUAUUCAAUUGAAUAACUAGUACGGUUAAGUUCUUUAUUUGUCCAUAUGUAUACAUAGUGGGUAUGUAUUUGCGGAUAUUAACAAUUCAUUAUCCCCAGAAUUAGUAGAACUUCUCUUUUGUUCUUCACCAAUGUUUGUAAUGUGAACGAGUGAAAUGUCUUUGAAAAAUGACAGGCAACAGGGUUUUUCGCGUAUUUGUAUAAAAUUUAUGACGAUUAUUCGUUUAGAAUAAUUUUUGUACUAUUUUUUUUAACUAAAAAAAAAUGUAUGAAACGCAAACAAUCGUACGAAAACAAUAAUUUAUAAAAGUAAAUAUUCAAAUUAUUCGUGGCAAUGGAUGAAGAAAAUAAUGUGAAUCAUGUUGACAAUUGUGUGAAGUAAUUUAUUUCUAUUCGAUGAACUAUUUGUAUGAAAACUAUAUAGAUUUAAUGACAGAUAUAAAUUAAUUUAAUGAAAACUUAAUGUAAUAGGUGUUUCCUAACUUUGGAGAUAAAGUUUUACAUUCAUUUUAAUAAGAUUCUGGUUUGUUUUACUGUACCAAUGGAGGAAAAUUCCCAGAACUCGGUGAGAUUAAUCUCGAGACAAUUUAUUCGACGCAGCAAAUGUGUAGACAUAAACAACAAAUAUAUAAGCUGAUACAUAAUGACGAUGCGUACAGAUUUUAUAUUUUCAUUCAUUAUCUUAUCAGAAUGUUUCCGCGGUUUUUCGCCCCGGCAAAAAUUUAUCAAUUGCCCGUUCAAUUUCCUCGAAAUAAUAAAGAAAAAAAUUACAAUCACAUCGUUACAUCGCUGGAGUAAUGGACAGGCUUCAUGGAUAUGUAAAUUUCACGGAUGCAUUAUUAAUGGAUUUGAUUAAUGUAGGGGCGGGGACUACGGAGGCAUUCGGCUUUGAUCAGUCCUUUUAUACAGCCGUCAAUAAAUGAAAAUGAAAACCAAUCCGAAUUUCUAUUCAUUUCCCUCAACCACUCCUUACCCCUUUCAUUAAUUUAAAAAAAUAGUCAAUCAAAAUGGUCGGAUGAAUAAGAAUACAGAAGAUGUAUAUUUCUCUGGUUACAAUUUUUAUUUUACAGAAAAAUACAAAGUCUUGUAUAGAUAAAUCAAACUUUGCCUUUCCUCAAUAUUUCAAUGGCUGAAUGAAUAAUAAAACAAUAUAAAAUUAUUUUCGUGGUAUAGAAUAAAGACGAGAAUACGAACUCCAAUGGAACGGGAUAAAUUUUGUUGAUAUUUUAAUAAACAUAGUCCUAAUACGAGAACAGAUAAAAUACCAAUGACACGUGAUUACCAAAAAUCUUAAUUACCUAGAAAAAAAAAUACCUCGUUAUGACUCUAAACAUUAAUUCACCAAAAAUUCUUGCUGCGAUAUUGACUAAGGUGAAUUGAAUCGACGAAAAAAUAUGGCAUUAAAAAAUAAAUUGAUUAAUUCUAUAAUUGAAAUAUAGUGAGAAAUAUAUUUAGGACGAAACACUACUGAAUAUCAUAUUUUUCACCGAUAAAUUUCGAUACAUGUGAUAUUAUUGAUUCAAUACCAAAUCAUUCCACCACUCGGAAAAUUCAAUACAAAAUACCGAUAAAAAAACUCAGAGCAAAGUGUCAGCUUGAUUAAAUUUUUGAAAUCCAGUAAUAAAGAAGUAUAGAAUUCUUAUAAAAAAAUAAAAAAUAUUUAUCACCUACAGGAAUAGUACGAGGACGAUCCAUUGAUCCUCCAAUAAAAGGACAUGCACAAACGUCUACCCUAUCCUGACUGAUUUAUCCUUACGAUUGCAUUAUUUAGUACGAAUUGCAAUAUUGGAGAGCUCUAAAUCGAGGGGAUUUCCAUGAUUUUUUUAUUCCGAUAAGACGUCCCUCGGAAAAUUGAACGUCUAAACAAUUAAUAUUCAGUAAGCAAGUGUUAAAUAUCGAUUUAUCAAAGAAACUAUUGAUUUCAGAAGAAAAUUAUUUUAAAAAAUGUCACUGCCACUUGAAUACUGAAUUAAUUGUUAAUUGUUAUCCUCAAUCGUGCUUUAGACACCACGACACCCUGCGACAAGAAUUUUGAGCCCUGUUGUACGAAUUAAUCCGAGGCUCCACUAAUUGAGUACCAAAAAGAUAAA